AGACUAUCUUCACAGCGAGCUUACCCUUGACAAGGCUGUGGUUCACGUGGACUUCAGCACUAACCUUUUUUGCCUGCACGUUUCGGAAACACCUAAGAAGUACGCGAUCCUGCAGAAUGAAGCUCCUCUACCCCACCUCGGUGGCUAUUGAGGCGAAGAACCUCGAAGGCUUCGGUGUCUCACCGCACCCAUACGACGUCAAAUCCAAGAUUCCCGAGGAACACACCGACGCCGAAAUCCUAGUGACCUGGUCCAACCCAGGACCCGUGCUGAAAGAAGAGGUCUCCCGUCUCAAGAACCUCCGCUGGAUCCAAUCCCUUGCCGCAGGUCCCAACGACGUCAUAAAUGCCGGAUUCGACACAUCCAAGAUCAUUCUGACCACAGGUUCGGGUUUGCAUGACCACACCGUGGCCGAGCACACUUUGGGCCUGCUCCUCAAUGCGGCACGUCGCUUCUUCGAGAUGCGCGACUACCAGCACCAACACAAAUGGUCGACUGACUUGGGUGGUCCGCAACCAGACCGACCCAAGGGCAAGUUCACCACGCUACAAGAUGCCAACAUUGUGGUCUGGGGCUUCGGCAACAUUGCGAAAACCCUCACCCCUUGGCUGACUGCUCUGGGCGCGAAUGUAAAAGGCAUUGCCCGCCAUGCCGGUGUCCGCCAGGGCAUCGAGGUCUACUCGGAGGACAAGCUGCCUGACUUGCUACCAAAUACCGACGCGCUGGUCAUGAUUCUGCCCGGGUCGGAGGCGACGACCAAUGUUUUGAACGCGGAAAGGCUAAAACUCCUCCCGAAACACGCUUGGGUGGUGAACGUCGGACGAGGCACGUCGAUUGAUGACGCGGCCUUGCUGUCUGCCUUGGAGAAAGGAGAAAUUGGUGGUGCUGCCCUCGAUGUCUUCAGGACGGAACCUUUGCCUGAGGAUUCGCCCUACUGGACCGCGCCGAACGUCAUUGUUAGCCCGCAUGGCGCUGGAGGAAGGCCACAGGACCCGGCGACACUGAUUGCGUAUAAUCUGAGACGGUUCUUGGCUGGGCAGGAGUUGAAGAAUAAGCUAUGAGUGGAAGUACACGUGGAGGUUGGACUGAUGAGCGUCGAUAGCGAUGCAAAGACAGGUGGAGGCUGCCGCAGUGCCGAUAGCUUUGGGAUCGAGGGCACGAAGAGCCAUUGCGUGAUCUGGAAGUAGCUUGCUUCGGUGAUUGCGUGCGCAGUAGUUGUCAUGCAGAAAGCGAUGUAGACGCCACUGAAUCUGCAGAAAUUGCUAGAGUGCAGACUUACAUCUUCACAUGCUUUGGCCGGAACCCCUUUUCCAUCACCAAGACUCAGCCUCGUCAGCCGCUUGGCACCAACCAACUUCAACGAGUUGACUUCACCUGUGUAUGUUGAUUCCCCAGUCGUCGAUUAGUGUUCAUAGGAGAGACCUUGCAGGCACCUGCAUGAAGACUGCUAGGCCUCCACAGCC